AUGUUCAUUAAGCGUAUAUUUGGCUAUUUGAAUUAUUUGGUUAAACGUGAUCGUCGUUUUAUUGCUGAUAUACUAAUAAAUGGUUUACAUCGUCUUGAAUAUCGUGGUUAUGAUUCAUCGGGUAUUGCAUUUGAUGGUGAAUUAGAUUUAACAUCUAGUGAUGGUAAAAGACGACAAUGUGUUGUUGUAAGACAAAAGGGAAAAGUGGAAGAAUUAGAAAUACAAUUGGCUACACUGAAAGAUAUGAACUGGAAUGCUGAAUUUACUGUUCAUGUUGGUAUUGCACAUACACGUUGGGCAACACAUGGUGAACCGAGUGCUGUUAAUAGUCAUCCACAACGUUCAGAUGAACACAAUCAGUUUGUUUGCGUUCAUAAUGGAAUAAUAACAAAUUAUAAAGAUAUCAAACAGUUUCUGAUAAAAAAAGGAUAUCAAUUUGAAUCUGAAACCGAUACAGAAGUUGUUGUUAAAUUAGCCAAAUAUCUUUACGAUAAACAUAAAGAUGAAAAUCUUAGUUUUCAAAAAUUAAUCGAAUUAACGUGUUCACAACUCGAAGGUGCCUUUGCAUUACUCUUCAAGAGUGUACAUUAUCCAGGAGAAUUAUGUGGAACACGUCGUGGAAGUCCAAUGGUUAUUGGCGUUAAAUGUGCUGAUCAAUUAGCAACAAAUCACAUUCCAGUUAUGUUUAGUAAAGCUUCGAUAGAGUCGCAAGUAAAUUAUCAUAGCGGCAAAGAUGUUCGUAUGACAACAACGCUUAAUACUCAUUUAUCAGAUUCUAUUCCAACAAACCUUCGUGGCGUAUUUUCACCACCACUUUUAAUAACUGAUCACACAACGUCCGAUUUAAGUGUAACAGGAAAUGAUAGAAGUAUUGAAUACUAUUUUGCAUCCGAUGCCAGUGCUAUUAUUGAACACACGAAUCAAGUUAUAUUUAUGGAAGAUGAUGAUUUGGCAUGUGUGAGCAAUGGUGCACUAACAAUUCAUCGUACACAGCAUGGUGAUGUUACCCAGUCAGCCAUAAGAGAAAUUCAUGAAUUAAAAUUAGAAUUACAACAAAUAAUGAAAGGUAGUUAUCAAUAUUUCAUGCAAAAAGAAAUAUUUGAACAACCUGAAUCUGUGGUGAAUACUAUGCGUGGUCGUGUAUGUUUUGACACGCAAAAAAUUCUGUUAGGUGGUAUUAAAGAUUAUCUUAGUGAGAUACGUCGAUGCCGACGUUUAAUUUUGAUUGGUUGUGGUACAAGUUAUCAUAGCGCCGUGGCAACAAGACAAUUAUUAGAAGAAUUAUCGGAAUUACCCGUUAUGGUUGAAUUGGCAUCGGAUUUCUUAGAUCGUAGUACACCCGUAUUUCGUGAUGAUGUAUGCAUAUUUAUCUCACAAUCAGGCGAGACAGCCGAUACAAUUUUGGCAUUGAGAUAUUGUAAACAACGUGGUGCACUCAUAUUGGGUAUAACAAAUACAGUUGGCUCAAGUAUUUCAAGAGAAUCUCAUUGUGGUGUACACAUUAACGCUGGUCCAGAAAUAGUGUUAAGUGAAGAUUCGUUAUCAAAAGAACAACGUCGUAGAGAAAUAAUCCAAGCUUUACAAGAAUUACCCAAUUUACUUAAACGUGUUCUUAGCUGUGAUAAAAUGAUACAAGAUUAUGCCAAAUCACUCUAUAAAGAAACAUCAUUAUUGGUCAUGGGACGUGGUUUUAAUUUUGCAACGUGUCUUGAAGGAGCACUGAAAGUAAAAGAAUUAACAUAUAUGCAUUCCGAAGGAAUAUUGGCCGGUGAAUUAAAACAUGGUCCGUUGGCUAUGGUCGAUGACACAAUGCCAAUUGUGAUGAUUAUUAUGGAUGAUCCAGUUAAAACGAAAUGUAUGAAUGCAUAUAAUCAAGUAUUGGCACGUGGUGGUCAACCAAUGUUAAUUUGUAACGAAAAUGAUGAUGAAUUAAUCAAAAUGGCUCAUCGUCAUAUUGCCAUGCCAAGAACAGUUGAUUGUCUUCAAGGUAUUCUAUGUGUUGUUCCAAUGCAAUUACUGUCUUUCCAUAUUGCUGUCUUACGUGGUUAUGAUGUUGAUUGUCCAAGAAAUUUAGCCAAAUCUGUUACAGUGUCUUAA